AUGUGUGACUCCACUAGGGGGCUGCUCAUGGCCCUCACUGUGGUGUUUGGGACGGCUGUGGCAUUUGCACCUGUCCCUCGGAUCACCUGGGAGCACAGAGAGGUAGGUCUGGUACAUUUUCAUGAACCAGGCAUCUUCAACUACUCAACCUUACUGCUCAGUGAGCACAAGGACAUCCUGUAUGUGGGUGCCCGGGAGGCUGUCUUUGCUGUGAAUGCCCUCUCUGUCGCUGAGAAGCAGCAUGAGAUAUAUUGGAAGGUCUCAGAAGACAAAAAAGCAAAAUGUGCUGAAAAGGGAAAAUCAAAACAGAUAGAAUGCCUCAACUAUAUCCGAGUUCUGCAACCACUCGAUGACAACACUCUUUAUGUGUGUGGGACGAAUGCGUUUCAACCGACGUGUGACCACCUGAGCUUAACAUCCUUUCAGUUUCUGGGGAAGAAUGAAGAUGGCAAAGGAAGGUGUCCCUUUGACCCAGCACAGAGCUAUACAUCUAUCAUGGUUGAUGGAGAGCUUUAUUCUGGGACAUCAUAUAACUUUCUGGGAAGUGAACCCAUCAUCUCCCGCCAUUCUUCCCAAAGUCCCCUGAGAACAGAGUAUGCAAUACCUUGGCUUAAUGAGCCCAGCUUCAUCUUCGCAGAUGUGAUAAGAAGAAACCUCAAUGACACAGAGGGUGAGGAUGACAAAGUGUACUUCUUCUUCAUGGAGGUAUCUGUGGAGUAUGAGUUUGUUUUCAAGCUGAUGAUCCCAAGGAUAGCAAGAGUGUGCAAGGGGGACCAGGGCGGACUGAGGACAUUACAGAAGAAGUGGACCUCUUUCCUGAAGGCUCGCUUGAUCUGCUCCAAACCAGAUAGCAACCUCGUCUUCAACAUGCUGCAGGAUGUGUUUAUUCUCCGGGGCCCGUGGCUGAAGGAGCCCGUGUUCUAUGCCGUCUUCACCCCACAGCUGAACAACGUGGGGCUGUCAGCGGUGUGUGCCUACAACCUGUCCACAGUGGAAGAGGUCUUCUCCCGUGGGAAAUACAUGCAGAGCACCAUGGUGGAGCAGUCACAUACCAAGUGGGUGCGCUAUAAUGGGGCAGUGCCCAAGCCACGGCCUGGAGCGUGCAUCAACAGUGAGGCCAGGGCGGCUAACUUCACCAGCUCACUGAACUUGCCUGACAAGACCCUGCAGUUCGUGAAAGACCACCCUCUGAUGGAUGACUCCAUCACUCCAACAGACAACAGGCCCAGGUUAAUUAAGAAGGAUGUGAAUUACACCCAGAUUGUGGUGGACAGGGUGCAGGCCCUGGAUGAGACCAUCUAUGAUGUGAUGUUCAUCAGCACAGACAGGGGUGCCCUACACAAAGCCAUCAGCCUGGAAAACAAUGUGCAUAUCAUUGAGGAAACACAGCUAUUCCAGGAUUUUGAGCCGGUGCAGACCCUCCUGCUGUCUUCAAAGAAGGGCAAAAGGUUUGUCUAUGCUGGCUCUAACUCAGGCAUAGUCCAGGCCCCUGUGGCAUUCUGUGGGAAGCACAGCACGUGUGUAGACUGCGUAUUAGCACGGGACCCCUACUGUGCCUGGAGCCCACAUGCUGCUGCCUGCGUCACUGUGCACCAGGAGCAUGCCCCUGGCAGGGGUUUGAUUCAGGACAUGAGUGGGGACGUGUCAGCUUGCCCUGCCUCAUCUCCUAAACCCUUCCCUCCUUCUGGCUCCUCCUCCCUGUCCUGUUUGGGUCCUGAAUCAUCAUCUUCUACCCGGAGCCCCUGGCCAUCCUUGGGCUCUAGCUCUGAGACCACCGCGGUCACCUUGCUGCCACCCUUCCUAAGUGACCAGGCACAGCAUGUGCAUGCCCUGGGGACCUUCCAACUCUUCUGUCAGGCCACAGGUCCAUCAGAUGUUCACUUUGUCUGGGAGAAGAACGGGAGAAAGCUGGAGACCUGUGUCCCUGUGCAGACCCAUGUGCUGUCCAAUGGCAGGAUUCACGCAUUCAGCUGGCUGCAAGACUCCAUCCGAGAAAGCUCUGAGUAUCGCUGUUGGGUUCUCUCCUCAGCAGGAAGCAGUACCUCGAAAGUGCGGGUCACAGUGAUGAGACAUGAGGCAACUCACCAGGAGAAGUGGAGCAGAGAGCUUGCUGCUUGGAAGACUAUCAUUGGCGAGCAUGACCGCAUGAUGCAGAGCUGGAGGAAGGCAUGGGAAAGUUGUGACAAGGAUACCUUUUAG